UUAUCGUUCUAAAGCCAGCGAACUAUGUUUUCUCCCCGCAAGCUUGUUGCUAGGGGGUGAUGCGUCGGCGCGUCGGGUCGUCUGCUUCCCGGGGCGUGUGCAAGCGUGCGUUUGCGACACACGUGUUCGUUCUUCCCGUGGAUCCCGACUCCGAAGCCAGCUUUGCGAUCCUUCCACGUGAAUGAGUCAAACGUUUCCUUGUCAUCUGUGGAAUGCGACUGCGUAUUGCAGUAGUUUCUUUUAUCCUUUGAGUGAGCGAUUUCCCUGAAAUGCCGAACGUUUGUUUCGUCAAGACGUGCCGCCAUCAAACUGGGAAGAACGUUCGCAAGGGCUUGCGAUUCUUCUCUUUGCCGGAGAAAGAACCACGAAGGACUGCGUGGUUACGCUGCGCGGGGCGAGGGCACGACAUCGAGAACCUGCCUCUCAUUCCCCGUUUUUGUGCCGAACAUUUCGAGCCGACUGCUUUCCGAAAGGACGACCUGCGUCGUUCCCGUCUUCGAUCAGAUGCUGUGCCGACGCUUCUGCUUCCCGUCGCCGAUGAGACCGACGAUCCUCCCCCAAAGCGCCAAAAAGUCGUGACUCAGGCCUCGGCAACUGGACUGCCUGCACCCUGCGAGGCAGAAAUGACCCUCAGGGACUGUACUGCUGAAACAAACAUCCCUGCAGUGGUGCCACCUGUCCCUGUCGCAGACGUGCCUGCACAGUCGCAUCCACCCGAGUCUGCCUUCUCCACUAGUAGCAGUGGGGUGCCAUAUGAAUGCACAUCUCCUGUUCCCAGCAACAUGCCAGACUCUGACGCAACCUACUCUCCGUCUCACAGCGAGGAUUACGAGAGAAUCGAGCAUGGUGCAUCAGCUCCACCACCACCACCAGAAGAAGAGCGCCAGUUUCUGGUGUUCGAGAGCUGCCUAAGGGAGCUUUUCAAGACGUGCCAAGAGUGCUCAAGACUGUGCCAAACAACGAUCGAAACUACCGGCACACUGAUCACAGUCUACAGCAUCUGCCCUGUGGAGCACGUGCGCACAUGGAAAAGCCAGCGCAUCGUCAACGGCAGACCAGCAGGGAACAUAAUGCUGACCAGCCACCUGGUCUUCUCUGGAGUGAAGAUUGCCCCUACGCUGCGGAUGCUACGCCAUAUGAACGUGCAGGACAUCUCCGACUCGAGCUUCUACGAGCAUCGGAAGGCCUUCGCUCUACCUGCAAUCCACAAGGUCUGGUUACAAGAGCAACAAGAACUUCUCAACGAGUUGCAGAACAAAGAGGUGGACAUCUCUGCUGACGGGAGAUUUGACUCCCCUGGGUUCUGUGCCAAGUACCUGACGUACACAGUCCAUGUCGAGCAAAUCAACAAGAUUCUACACUCUGUCCAGGUCCAGCUAAAAGAGUCUGAACAGGCCAUGGCCAGUGUCAACAUGGAGAAGGAGGGCCUCCUCAAGCAGCUGCAAUUCUUCAAGGAGAAAGGUAUCAAGAUCCGAUCGUUGGUGACUGACCGUCACCCUGCCACACGAAAGCACAUGAAGACGCAUGAACCCGGGAUUGACCACUUCUUUGACAUAUGGCACAUCUCCAAAAGUGUGAAAAAGAAGCUGACAGCAGCAAGCAAACGGGCUGGAUGCCAAGACCUGCAAAUCUGGAUCCAGACAGCUACAAACCAUAUGUACUGGUCAGCAAGGGCUGCAGGAGGCGACGAGAAACUGCUCAUCGACAUCUGGCUCAGCAUGCACAACCAUGUCAUCAACAAACACCAGGGGCACGAAGGAACCUAUAGAAGGUGCCUCCAUGGUGACAUGCCAGAGCCAACACGACCAUGGAUGGAUCCCAACUCGCAGGCCUACAACCAAUUCAAGAGCAUCACUGGCAACAAACUGCUCCUGAAGGACCUUGCACAGAUGUCUCCACAUGGCCAGACAUAUGCUUUGGAGGCGUUCCACAGCGUCCUGAUAGACUUCGCCCCGAAGUCCCAGGCUUUCAGCCCAGAAGGCAUGCUUGCAAAGACUCGACUUGCAAUCCUCCAUUUCAACGAAAACUCAAACCGCUGCCAAGCCGUCACACGAGAGGGCAAGCCACGUUGGUCGGUCGUAACAUCAAAAGCACGAAAGGGCCACCACACAGCACGACCAGAGAUUACGGAUCCCACUUACAAGUAUGUUGGAAAGCUCAUCAAGGAGGCAAUGGAGAGCAGCAAACAGUGGCGGUCCCUGGCUGCUGCAUCGAGGGCCAACACCGUCGUCUUCCCGGCACCGAUGACUGCAGCCUACACAAGGCCUCCAAAAGAGGAACUCGUGGCAGCACGAAUGUCCAGGUUCGGCCACAGUCCCCAGUAACGGCAUCAAAUCCCUGGUCGGGACUUCCAUGCUGCCGCAGGACGUACGGCGAAUGCAAGCAGACAGACCCAAGAGAAAACAGCCGAGCUGCAAAAUGGUUCACCAUUUUCCAAUAGGACACCCUGACCGACAGGCCUAAUCAAGCUGGUCAUGGCAUGCCUAUCUCAAAAGAGGGCAAGGAACUUCAGCCGGUGGCAAUGUCGAAGUCACAGAAAAGUCACAAAACAGCGAGAUUCAAGGCUACAGCUCAACUUGCGGUUGGAAAGUCUGUCAACGAGGCGGACAGCAGCAGGUAGCAAAGACCUGGUU